GCUAUCUCUUGAAGAUAUCAGUGAACUGAGUUACCCCUUCCACGAAACGAUUGGAGUGUUUAUUUUUCGAGUUAUGAAAACAAUAUGAGAAGCUCACUCACAAUUCGUAAAGCAGUGGUUCGGAUAGUGACGAAUAGUGACGAUGGUACAAGGUUCCAAAGGCUGCGACGUAUGGGUGUAGACGUAAAAUUCGUAAUCAGCAAUGAUUAUGUCAAGGAAAGUUCAAUAUGCCGCAACACAGUGAUAUCGGCCCCUAUAUAAAACAAUUCGGUUCUAACAAACGGACAAUUUGUGAAACCAACUCAUAAUGUACACUAGUGUUUGUAUUGUUUUCUUACUUAUUGGUUCCGUUAUUUGCGGAGAUGAAAAUCAAGCGAAGCUAAGACUUUAUUACGAUUCCUUCGACAAUUUCACAGAAGUACCGUUCGAUGAAGCUCACAAUUUGUUUUCUUUGUCCUGGUACAACGAGAGCAAACCAACGACAAUAUUCUGCCAUGGGUUCACAGGUCAUCCCUAUGGGCCUGCGGUGACAGCUAUAAUAAAAGCUUAUUUGGAGCAAGGACAAAGUAAUGUAGCUCUUUUGAACUGGGAUCGGCUGGCAGCCGUCGUGAAUGGCCAGAUACCUGCCACUUACCUCAACCGAGCUGUACCUAACGCUAUAAAGGUCAGUUCUGACUUUGCUAACAUUUUACUGAACCUGUCUGCUGCCGGCCUGGAUUUGAACAAGAUGCACUUGGUAGGGCAUUCGCUCGGUGCGCAGAUUGUUGGCAUCACCGGCAACAAAGUGGCGAGGAAAGGAAUACAAUUGCCUUGGAUCACAGGUUUAGAUCCCGCUGGCGUUGUAUUCGACAGCAAACCUCCUCGUGAGAGGUUGAACCCAAAGUCAGCUCUAUACGUGGAUGUGAUCCACUCGGACCCCAACAGAUACGGCAGUCGCAGGGAGCUCGGGACUGUGGACUUCUGGCCCAAUUACAGGACCGUCGGACCAGUGAUCCAACCUGGUUGCGAUAAUGGAUUACAUCCCAGAUUCUCGCCUGAAGAUCUGUGCAAUCACCACAGAUGUUGGCAAUACCUCAUAGACUCCAUGAAGUACUCGGGCACUCUGCUGGGCAGCCAUGCACGUAACUUCAGGACUUGGAAGAACUUCACGAAACCCCAACGACUCACUAAUGUAUUGGAAAUCGGGAAAUAUUACGAAAAAGUAACACCUGGAAACUAUUAUUUCUACACGGCUGCGUCGUCGCCAUACGGACUCGCUGAAAAUGGCUUGUAGAUUUACAUACAUACAUUUAAAAUUAAUUUUAUGGCUGUGAUCACUCUUCUACGGAUUUACCAAAUUGUAUAUGUAUAGAAUGAUAGGUAAUAUGUGCCAUUUGAUAAACCUAGAAGUAGGCAAUGCACAAUAAUAUGUUUGUGUAUAUUCCAAUUAGUAUGAUACACAAUAUGUACCUAUAGAUAAUAUGAAUGAGAACUUCGAAUAAGAAGGUCUUUGAAAGCAUUGUAAUAUGCAAAUCUAAAACUUCGGGUUCGAUAAUUAUCGUUAGUGAAGAUAAUGAUUCAUCGAAUAUCAAGCAAAUUAAUCAUCCAAGAUGGAAGAAUUUUUGCACAAAUCAUUAAAGCACUUAAAAGGCAAAUGGAUUCUCUGAUGCGGAUGCCAAAUGGAUUCUGAACAUUUUUAAAGGUAGAUGGUGCCUACCUGACCCAUUGUUUCAGAGAAUGCUGCAAUUAACGUACAACCUACAUUAAGUACCCACCUACUUUACAUAGAUGCCUUUCAUUUGCAGUUAUUCAGUUUCAUUUACGAAGUUAAAAAAUAUCAAGUGUCGUUUUAUGCAUAAGUAAAUAUUAAUAACUUCCUUGUUCUCAAAAGCUUUUAAAUUAAACAUUUACCUUACGAUAACUUAAGUAGAUACUUAGGAGAAUAAAAUGUGAAAAGAAAAUAAAUGUUUUAAUUAAAUAUAA